CGUCCUGCGGGGGAGGAGGCGCGGAGAGGCGGCGAGCGCAGCCGGGGAGGUGGGGGCAGAGGCGCACACAGAGGCGCGGAGGCUCGGAGAGAGGAGACGUGGAGGGAGGGACGGAGCCUGGACAGCGGUGGACCGGGGACGCGCGCGCCAGGCAAAGCGCAGCGCGCAGCAGGCGCCGGGCACCGACUGGGGAGGCGCGGGUGAGCUCUGGCCGUCCAUGCACAGAGCGCCCUCUCCCACAGCCGAGCAGCCACCUGGCAGAGGGGAUAACACCCGCCGGACUCCGCAGCCCAGACUCAAGGCAAGUGCCCCGACCAUGGCACUGCCUCGCACCCUGGGUGAGCUGCAGCUGUAUCGGGUCCUGCAGCGUGCCAACCUCCUUUCCUACUACGAGACCUUCAUCCAGCAGGGAGGGGACGAUGUGCAGCAGCUGUGUGAAGCUGGUGAGGAGGAGUUCCUGGAAAUCAUGGCACUUGUGGGCAUGGCCACCAAACCACUCCAUGUCCGGCGUCUACAGAAGGCUCUGAGAGAGUGGGCCACCAACCCUGGGCUGUUCAGCCAGCCGGUGCCUGCUGUACCCGUCUCCAGCAUUCCACUCUUCAAGAUCUCUGAGACGGCGGGUACCCGGAAAGGGGGCAUGAGCAACGGGCACGGCAGCCCCGGAGAAAAGGCAGGCAGCGCCCGAAGUUUUAGCCCCAAGAGCCCCCUUGAACUUGGGGAGAAGCUGUCGCCACUUCCUGGAGGGCCUGGGGCAGGGGAUCCCCGGAUCUGGCCGGGCCAGAGCACUCCAGAAUCUGAUGUUGGAGCAGGAGGAGAAGAGGAGGCUGGGUCUCCCCCUUUCUCUCCACCUGCAGGGGGAGGAGUCCCCGAGGGGGCUGGAGCUGUGGGCAUGCCUGCAGGUGGGCCUGGGGGUGGUGCAGACCGCCUGGAACCGGAGAUGGUAAGGAUGGUGGUGGAGAGCGUGGAGAGGAUCUUCCGAAGUUUCCCCAGGGGUGAUGCCGGAGAGGUCACAUCCCUGCUGAAGCUGAACAAGAAGCUGGCACGUAGUGUGGGCCACAUCUUUGAGAUGGAUGAUGGUGACAGCCAGAAAGAGGAGGAGAUCCGGAAGUACAGCAGCAUCUAUGGCCGCUUGGACUCGAAACGGCGUGAGGGCAAGCAACUCAGCUUGCACGAGCUGACCAUCAACGAGGCUGCUGCCCAGUUCUGCAUGAGGGACAACACGCUCUUACUUCGGAGGGUGGAAUUGUUCUCGCUAUCCCGCCAAGUGGCCCGAGAGAGCACCUACCUUUCCUCCUUGAAGGGAUCCAGGCUUCCCCCUGAAGAGUUAGGUGGCCCACCGCUGAAGAAACUGAAACAAGAGGUUGGGGAACAGAGUCAUACUGAAAUCCAGCAGCCUCCCCCAGGCCCUGAGUCCUAUGCGCCCCCAUACCACCCCAGCCUAGAGGAGGACAGCGCCAGUCAGUCUGGGGAGAGCCUAGAUGGCCACUUGCAGGCUGUGGGGUCGUGCCCAAGGCUGACGCCGCCCCCUGCUGACCUGCCCCUGGCAUUGCCAGCGCAUGGGCUGUGGAGCCGCCACAUCCUGCAGCAGACACUGAUGGAUGAGGGGCUGCGGCUCGCCCGCCUCGUCUCCCACGAUCGCGUGGGCCGCCUCAGCCCCUGUGUGCCUGCGAAGCCGCCUCUCGCAGAAUUCGAGGAGGGCUUGCUGGACCGGUGCCCGGCCCCAGGACCUCAUCCUGCCCUGGUGGAGGGUCGUCGGAACAGCGUGAAAGUGGAAGCCGAGGCCAGCCGGCAGUGAAGGCGGGGGUGUCUCAGGCCCAGGACCCAGACGUCUCCGUCCUCGAACUCCAGUCAACGCCCUAGAAGGAUCCUUCUGCUGCCCUUCUGCCACCCAUCUGCCCCAUGGGCACAGGACUGUGGGGCUUCAAGCAAUAACAAGCAGAGGCCUGGACUUAGGAGGGUGCAAGGUGCGCCUUCACCCGGCUCAGGGGCGGGGACUUUGCCUCCGGCCUGCUGGGCAUCUCCCUCCCUCACCCCACACACCCAUUCCCCCCCAACACUGGGUCUCCCUCCCGUUUCUUUGUGCUUCUAGUUUCUUUUAACAAGUGCUGCGGUUUGCCCACCCAUCCUCAUCACCCCCGCACACCCCCAGCGGUUCGUUCUUGUACUGUGUGAGGGUCCCCCAUAGUUGCCUCCACCAGCCCCUUCGAGGCCUGGGUUGGACCCUGGGCCUCAGGCCAGCAGCACCUGUCGAACUCUUAGAGUGUCUUUCUUUUCAGAUCGUGUACAGUAGAUUAUUUAUUUUGUUAUUUUGGAAUAAAAUUUAUUUUAUGGCUUAGGA